UCAUUCUACUUCCGGUUCAAGCUGAGCUCACUGGGGUCCUAACAGCGCGGAUUAGCGACAGACGCCAGCUGUGAUCGCAGCGGACGGGAUUUUAUUUCCUUUAAAUUUCUAUAAUAAGCUGCAAACAUGUCUGGAAGAGAAGGAGGCAAAAAGAAACCACUGAAGGCGCCCAAGAAACAGAACAAGGAUGUGGAUGAAGACGAUGUGGCCUUCAAGCAGAAGCAGAAGGACGAGCAGAAGGCAUUGGAAGCGCUGAAGGCCAAAGCAUCAGGAAAAGGACCUUUGAGUGGAGGUGGCAUCAAGAAAUCUGGGAAGAAGUAAAACCUGAACUGAAGAUAUUUGUUUGCUCCCUGUCUCGCUUCCUUCAUCUGUUUGUCCAACAACUACAAUUUAUUUUGCUGUGUAAAAAAAAAAAAAAAAAAAAAAAUUAACUCCAAACCUGCCUGGGUGCUGAGCUCGACCUGCGGUGGGGAAUAAAUUUAACAAUGUUAGGAUAUCAAGGACAGGAGAAUGGGCCCGCAGUCAAACUAAUUUUGAGGUUUCACACACGUACACAGAUCAGCCACAGCUCAUUAUCGUGUGGAAGUGUUGUUAGUCGCUCCUUUGGGCUGUUCCUCCACAGCGUGCCUGAUCGUGUUGGGGUUCUGGGACGGUUCUGGAGGCCAGACUAACCCUUUGGAUGCUCCAUGUUUCCUGAGCAGGUUUUGUUGUGUGUGGCAGAGCGCCGUGUCCUGCUGGAGGAGGCUGCUGCUGUGGGCGUGGGUUUAGGUGGGUGAUGACCUGUUUUUAAUGUGGCUGAUCAGUGUACGUCAACCAAACUCCAGUACAGAAAUGAAGGCGUGUAAAGCUGAUCUGUGCUGUAUUUGUGAAACGACUGUCAAACACCACACAGCCCAAGUCUUGUUUCCAUGAUUUGUUAUCUUGUAAAGAGGGAGAUGCCAAUAAAGUUUUUUUGUAAUUAA